AUGGCAGAAGAAAUCGAGACUUCUCUGCCAUUCCAUGAAAAGAAUGCCGCUCCUCAAAAUACAUCCAAAAAAUCCAACAAUCCAAAAUCGACGGUCUUCCCCGAUGGCUCUGUUGAAGCCAUGCUUCUCAAGCUCGGAUCCCUGAACCAAAAUGAAAGGGACAAGCUGAUACAGAGCAUUGAGAAUCUGAGCUGGAACCAAACUUGGGAUUUGACGAAACAGUUUGACAAACAGAGAAGAAAGUUGAUGUCCGUGCAACAGCCUCCCCUUGGCAUGGAAAAUGAGAGUCACUCCUGCCCUGAGAUGCUUCCUGCAGCGAGGGAUGGGCCUGGGGUCGAUCCGAGCAGCAGUGUUUAUGAGUUACUCGCAAAACCCAGGAUUGUCGAAGGCGUUGAGGAACCUGCGACAUGGGCAACAGCUGAUCCGCCCGAUUUUAUUCAUGACGAUGGAUAUCAACGAAUCGAAAAAACCGUCAAAGGGUCCAACAAGGUGGAGUCUCGGGCCCAUUGGGGUGCCCAACACAAGAUUCAAGUCAAGGCAUACGAACAAUCUCGCCAUAUCUUCCCAAUCGUGCAAAAUGACAUCCUAAAGUUCACAUCGAAACAUCACAACUCUAUUUACGAGCCCGAGCGAUCUCUCCUUGAUGAUCGCACUUUGGACAUCCAAGAACGACGUGAUCAGUGGCGCGAACUCAAACACAGAAUUUCAUCAUUUGAUCUUCCCAACGCGGAUGUCAGAAAGCAGUUUCGUAGCUGGUGGGACCAGCUUCCAGCAGGACACCAAGUCGACAUCUAUCAUGUUGCAUUCUUUGACGGAACCGCGAUGCCCGAUGGCCGGUGUUCUAUGUUUCUGCCUGACAUCAAGCACGUCCCCACCCCUAGGAACAUGAAAGACGAGCUGACACGCCUGCAUUGGCAUGAGACAUCAGAAGGUUACGUUUACAACCUGGGAGAGAUCAACAAAAGGCGAAAGAAGAAGGAACAGGAACAACAAGAGCACUUGCGUCGCACCGCGGAUUACCGUGCUUGGCUAGAAUUACCCCCAGAUUCGAAAGUUGUCCCACCCAACAUCUAUCUGCGUCCUGCUGAGCAAUAUGAUGCUUCUUCUAUCCUUGAAAUCAUGAACUGGUAUUCACAAAACUCAGCCUCGAGCAGUGAAACUGAAUCUGUGAAGGAGAAUGAUUUUGAGGAGCUUCUUCAAUUUUGCCGAGAAAACAACUUCCCCUUCGUCGUCGCUGCCCGACGUUCGCCGGAGCCCCUGUGCCGCAACCAGAUCCACCCCGUGGUUGGUUACGCCUAUGCCAAAUUCCACAGGCACGGCAAGCGCGCCGAUGUGAACACGGGUGAGCUGCGUGUCUUCGUGAAAGAGGGCAGCAAGAAGCAGCAUAUUGGACGGGCACUUGUCGACAUGGUCCUCUCUUGCUUUACUGUGAACUCAGGAAAAAGCACCGAUUAUGAGUUUGAUCAGACUGGAACAGUGCAGUAUGGACCGGGCUAUGGCCGCCACCUCACAUCAAUGCUUUGUGCUAUCGUAUUGUCUUCGAGGGCUCAGGAGCAUGAUGCCUGGAUCGAGAAAUGGUUGGAGAGGGACUUUGGCUUCAAGGGCAGUUCUGACAUUCGUUACAUGGUGCGUCAGAUCAAAGCCCUGCCUGCGAGUAAUGAAGUCGAGGGCCGAGCUCAGGAUAAAGCCCGGCACCGAGGAAGUGGUAACAAGUCUGCAAUACUUCACUACGUCUGA